UUUCACACAGUAUUUUUCUCGCGUAUAUGAAUAAAAAAUUAGUGAAGAGCGUUUUGAAGUAACUAAUUGAUGGAAUCUAGAAACCAGUGCCACUGCUGCCUGCAGCGGCCUUCGGGGAAAGAUUUGAGGACACCGUACACUCGUCUCGGCAUAACGGAAAUAUACUCGGUCAUGAUCGAAGAAUGCUUUGUAAUCAAACUUACAACCGUUGACGAGGGCAAGAGUGGUAUCUGCAAGGUGUGUCUGAGGCGGCUGCGGGAGGCAUGCCUCUUCAAGAUGCAGGUGCAGCACUGCCAGGCCGAGCUGCAGGAGAGGUUAGAGGGAGGGCUGAGUGUCAAAGACGAGGAAGUCCUGGAGGUGACGCCUGAAGAUGACGCGUGCAGCGAGCCUUCCCAGCCUUCUUUAUCCGGCGCGUAUGGAGUUAGCUUGGCGCCUCUGUCCCUGCGCUGUAGGCAGCAGCUCGCGCUGGCGUGCUCCGUGAGGCUCGAGCGCCUCCGCCACUCCUCGCGCGCGAGCCAGCCGAGCCCCGCCAGCAGUGUGCAGGACGUGACGUCACACCGCGAGCCGAGCCCCGCCAGCAGUGUGCAGGACGUGACGUCACACCGCGAGCCGAGCCCCGCCAGCAGUGUGCAGGACGUGACGUCACACCGCGAGCCGAGCCCCGCCAGCAGUGUGCAGGACGUGACGUCACACCGCGAGCCGAGCCCCGCCAGCAGUGUGCAGGACGUGCCCGCUCACACACCCGCCGAGCAACAAGCCCAAACACACGAUACUCGCCCUACACACACCACACACAACUCUAGUUUAAUCACACAUCAACAACACCAUAUUGCACCACAAACGAAUAAGAAGACCUACUAUUGCGACAUGUGUAGUCAGCAAUUUACAUCAAAACUUAUUUUAAUCCGACAUAUCAGAACACAUAAACUCCUGGAACCUUAUCCAUGCGGAGUGUGUAAAGAUACAUUUGCAAAUAUAUUAAUAUUGAAUAAGCAUUUAAGGUUUCACUCUGCAGAGAGACCGUACGUGUGUGACGUAUGCAACAAGCGAUUUAAAGUAAGUACCACUUUAAAUCAACAUAGAAAAAUUCACACUAAACUAUACAUAUACAAAUGUAAUGAAUGUAAUAAGCAAUUCGCACGAAAAGAUACUUUAAGGAUUCAUGAAAUAACUCACCGUGAAGUGAAACCAUACAAAUGUAAAGAAUGUAACAAGCGAUUUGCAAAAAAAGGUGCUUUAAAGAUCCAUGGAAGAACUCACACUGGAGAGAAACCAUACAAAUGUAUAGAAUGCAACAGGAAAUACGCACAUCAGGAUAAAUUUGAUAAACAUAUAAGAAGUCACAUUGGACGUUCAAUCAAAUAUGACUGUGAUCAAUGUAACAAGCAAUUUACACGUCCAGCGCAUUUAAAAAUGCAUCAGAGAAUUCACACUGGAGAGAAAUAUGUCUGUGACCAUUGUAACAAGCAAUACAUAAGUAAAUAUCACUUAACUAGACAUAUUGAAAUUCAUGCCCCAGAAAGACCAGAAAAACCAUACACGUGUCAAGAAUGUAACAAGAAAUAUAAACGUAAAGAAUAUUUAGCAAACCAUAAUUUUGUGCACCACAGUGCGCGGAAACCAUUUAAAUGUUCAGCGUGCAAUAAGCAAUUUGCACUUAAAUCAUAUUAUGUAUAUCAUAAAAGAACCUGUGGUGAAGUUAAACCAUAUAAAUGUACAGAAUGUAACAAGGUAUUCACAAAUACAAUGUAUUUAAUUAAACAUGAAAGAAUGCACAAUGCAGGAAAAUUAAAUAGGUGUGACCAGCGGUUUGCACAAAAAUGUAAUUUAAAAACUCUUGUAAAAGAUAAACACAACAAUAUAAAAGAUAACAUACAAUUUACACAGAAAAAAAAUCUCCUUGCUUAUGAACGACGCGUUGAAGAUCAACCAUUCGAAUGCAAUGAACGUAACCAGCAAUUAAGUCAAAGAGGUAGUUUAAAUAACCGUAAAUUGAGUCACACCGGAGAGAAGCCGUAUAGUUGUGAAGAAUGUAACAACCAGUUUACAUUAAAAUCUGAAUUAGAAAGACAUAAAAAAAUACACACCGAUGAACAAUCAUACGAAUGCGAAAUAUGUGAAACAAUUUAUUUCGAUGAAAUGAGCUUAAUGAAACAUAUUGAAACACAUAAAUCUAGGGUAACAUAACAUUAUAAGUUGUUCGGUAAAAGGGUUAUUUAAUAUAACUCAUUGUCAGCCUAAUGUGGGUAUCCCACCGACAGAGACGCAGCUACAUAGUGUCUUGUCGUUCGGAGUCUGUUAACUUCAGUUCACCAUAUUGGUAGGUUCAAAGAAAAAACUCGUACCUGUAGUAGUAAAAUAGCGUAUAGUAAAAUUCAUGUAGAAAGUGACUUUUUGGUACCUAUGCG